AUGGGCCCGUUCUUCGUCUUCAACCUUCACAUCUAUCCCGCCCACAAAUUAAUCCAACACGGCCCCUACUGCAUUGUCCGGCAUCCAAGCUACUUUGCACUCCUUUUCAUACUCACCGGCGCUUGCCUCAACCUAUUGGCCGAAGGCUCUUUGUUCUUCAGUAGUGGCCUACUGGCGUGUGAAGCGGGAAGGAUAGGAGUGGGUCUGAUGAUAGGCAGCGUCGCCGCAACAACUGUAGGAUUAAUCGUUGGUAUUGAGAAGGAGGAAGAGUUAUUGGAGAGGGAGUUCAAGGAUGAGUGGCGAGGCUACACGAAGAGGGUACCUUACAGGAUCAUUCCCUUCGUGUUUUGA